GCUGCUUGCCCGAGAUUACAGGAGCUGCCUGGCAUUACUCUCCACCUGGGUGAGAUCUUUGGAAGAAUAUUCAUAGAGUCAUAGAGUUUAAGGACAGAAGAGACCACUAGAUCGUCUCGUCUGAUCUCCUGUAUAUCGUCGGACACCAGCACUACCCAGCUCCACACGCUAAACCCAACUCCCAGCUGAGGGCUGUUCUGUGAGUCACCAUGGCUUCCACACCUCCUCCAGGCUGCAACAAGAACAUUGACUCUGACUAUUAUUUACUCUGUGACACUGAACAAGCCUGGGGCAUCGUCCUGGAAACACUGGCUACAGCUGGUGUCAUUGUCACCAUCAGUUUCAUGCUCUUGCUACUCAUCUUCACUGGUAAGGUCCAAGACUCCACCAAGCGAAGCAUGAUCCCUAUCUAUUUCCUCUUCCUCUUAGGCACCCUAGGGAUCUUCAGCCUCACUUUUGCUUUCAUCAUUAAACUCAAUGUCCGGACCGGCCCCACCCGCUUCUUUCUCUUUGGUGUUCUCUUCGCCCUCUGCUUUUCCUGCCUCCUGACCCAUGCUUUCAACCUUGUCAAACUGGUGAGGGGGAAGGCCCCCUUUUGCUACCUGGUGUUGCUAGUUAUUGCCAUUAGCCUCACUGUAGUGCAGAUUAUUAUAGCCAUAGUGUAUGUAGUCGUCACAGUGGCCAGACAAAAUAUGAACUUUACUCAGAUGAGUCCAGGACAACGCAAUAUGGACUUUGUCAUGCUUCUGAUCUACGUGCUCCUCUUGAUGGCGCUCACCUUCCUGGUCUCCAUGUUCACCUUCUGUGGGACAUACAAAGGCUGGAAGAGGCAUGGAGCACAUAUCUAUGUCACUGGCCUGUUCUCCAUAGCCAUCUGGGUGGUGUGGAUCACCAUGCUCAUGCGAGGCAACCCAGAAUUAAAGAAACAGCCCAUCUGGGAUGAUCCUGUCAUCAGCAUCGCUCUGGUGUCCAACGGAUGGGUCUUCCUGAUGAUGUACAUGGUGCCUGAAUUCUGCUUCUUCACCAGCCCACGCAAUCCUGAGGACUACGCUCCAGAAAACUAUUCUUUCCAACCUAAACUCAUGAAGCAGAGCUUUGGAGUGGAGAACCAAGCCUAUAUCAAGGAGGAGACCACAACAGGCCCAGGAUACAACGGGGACACACGCUACGUCCCACAUUCUGCUCACUUUCAGAUGGAGAGCCUCAAACCCCAGCAGGAGUUCUCCAUCCCCCGGCCUAAAACCCGGGUCAGUCCGUACGAGAAUUACACCGGCGGGCAAGGCACCAAGUAACAGCCCAGUGAUGAGCCAAGAGACAACGUACAAGCAGUAGGGACUCAGGGAAAGGCCAUUGCUUCUAUCCUGCUAAACAGAGACAGAACCAGACUGAUAGGACUGCGGCUGAUGAAAGGGACGGGCCCUUUUUCUUCCCCACCUCCCUUUGGCUUUACACAUGCAGCACUUUAAUUCCCUUACAUUCAUCCAGCAGAGCAAUCCCCCUGCCUGCCCCUGUUCACUCAGUUCCCUGCCCUCAGUCAUGUGACUGAGCUCAGCUGUUCUUGUCCAGAGGCAGUGGGUUCCUGAUAGCUCCAGAGCUUCCUGCUGUAAGGCCCAGGAACCAGGAACCUUUUCAGCAGAGACUUUGACCCCAGGCCACUCAGUCCUGAUCACCUUGGCAUUCUUGUGCACACUGCCAGCUGGUAAACUGAAACAAGCAGGAAUUUUCAGCAAUCACCUUCCGACUGCCUCCCCACCCAGGUACCAAAGUCUCAUGUAUUGCUGAAAGUACCUGACCCAUACAGCACUGAUCCACCCAAGCACUGCAGUUUCUCCCAUCUCCAGUUCCAUAGCACUGACUGACAACUAGAGCUGGCUGGCAAAGAGAAUUCUUUCUUUCUUUCUUUCUUUCUUUCUUUCUUUCUUUCUUUCUUUCUUUUAUCCCAACUUUAUCCCCCAAUAGAGCUGGUUGGAAAAUGGCAGGGGGGGAAUUAAUGAAAAGUUUUGGGGACAUUAUUUUUCAUUGAAAUUUUGAAACCUUCCACAUUUCCUGACCAGCUCUCCUAACAGCUCCCUCCGUAGACAUGCUGCUCACCACUGAUUCCCAAAUUCUGCCCCCAAGACAACCUUCCCAGCACUGACCACCAGCACCCCCACAUUGCUCCUUCCCAGCACUGAUUCCUAGUCCCUAGAACU